AUGGUACCCGCAGUUUUAAAACCGAAAACUAAAAAGGCUGUUAGCAAACCGAGCCGCAAAGGAAAAAAAGCCUGGAGAAAAAAUGUCGACAUAUCUGAAGUUGAAGAAGCUUUAGAAAAGAUAAGAGAUGAGGAAAGAACCUUUGGUGGUAAGCUUAGUGACAUAUCGACCGAAAAACUUUUUUCAAUAGAUGUAAAGGGAGAUUCUGAAGUUAAAAAAAAAGUCGACAAGAAAUCCGCCAAAUUACACAUUGAUCUGAUUUUAGAAAACCGCAGUAAGAUCCCUGAAGUGUUCUCAAAACCAAGACCAAAUCACGGCAAAAAUCAUACUUCCAAAUACUCUAAAAUGAUGCUAGAAAAACUUGCAAAAAAAAAAAACCAAGUAGGCAAUAGCGCAAAUAAUAAUGAAUCUAGUGAGAUAGUUAUGAAAACAAGAGAGUAUGAUGUAUGGGCACAAGUACUACUAUUAGCAGAUGAUCAAUUAGAAGAUUUUUCGCAUUCAAUAAUGAAACAAAAAAUUAAGCCACCUCCAACCUUGAAUAUGAAACCUGCGGUUAAUACUCCCGCAGUUCAUCUACCGCAUGGUGGAUCAAGCUAUAUGCCAUCAUUUAAGGAUCAUCAGGAGCUCCUUAUGAUUGCGCAUGAGGAAGAAGUCAUCAAAUUAAAAAAAAUGGAACAUAUUAAUUCUAAACUUCCAUGUCCCGUCGUU